AUGGAUCUAAUGGCCAUAAUAAAUGCUUGUUUUAAUUUGUUCACGGGAAUUCUGAAUGCAGUGCUUUACUUUCUUAUUCCAAGACCAGUAAUCACAGACGACCAAGCAAACCGAAGAGAUUCACACUUAGCCACACAGUUUAUCCAAAAAUUUGAAGAAAAAUAUGGUGAUGUACAUCCAGAUUUUUUCCACGGAACUCUCUCAGAGGCCUUAGAAAGAGCAAAACGUGAUCUCAGGUUUGCAAUGGUGAUACUUCAAACAGUAUGGGCAGGGGACAUAAAGGAUCCGGAAGCUUACCAAGCAACUACGUUUCCAUUUGUUGCUGUAAUUGUCGCUCAAAUACCUCAAGGAAGCGCUGGAUCAAGUCCAAGGUUGUUUGUUGUAGACCGUUUUGAAGGAUAUUCAUCUCCAGAGAAUCUGAUAGCUAGACUUACUUUAUCGAUUGAUCGUAACGGACCAAGUCUUCAGAGGAUUAGGAAUGAGCGUGCAGAGCACGAAGCUGCAAGAGAAAUACGUGCCCAACAAGAUGAUGCGUAUUUAGCUUCAUUAAGGGCAGAUCAGGAAAAGGAAAGGAAGGCACGUGAAUUGGUCGAAGCGCAAAGAUUGGCCGAAGAGCGUGCGAGAAAAGAAAAGGAAGCGCGACAAUUGCUUGCAUUAAACAGAGAAAAUUGGAGACGAUGGACUUUAAAAAAUUUACCAGAUGAGCCACGCCCAGAAGAAACCGAGGUGGCAAAAUUGAGCUUUAGGUUAGCCAAUGGAGAGAGAGUAGUAAGAAAAUUCAGAGCAACUGAUACUGUUGAGACGGUUUAUAAUUUUGUUGAUACAUAUAAUUUACGAGACAAGUCUUCAUCCUCAAAUGUAUCUGAACCAUCGGCGGAUUAUACACACACAUUUAACUUUCUAUUAGUAUCUCCGUAUCCUCGUACUGUUCAUCAUGCGGAUAAAUUCAAAGAAAUACAAAACGAACAAGGACUUUGGCCAAGUGCAAACCUAAUUGUAGAGGAAUUAACUUCGGACGAUGAUGAAGAAAUCUAA